UCAACAACCAGUUCAAUACAGAGUCAACCCAUCAGGAACUAAAGCCAUCGAACAAAAUGAUUCGAUUUAUCUCAAGCAUCAUUAUAGCUUUAGGAUUUGUAAUUGUCUUCUUCGGUCGCUCUUCAGAUAGUUGCAAUGAGGCUGUCUGUGCAAGUAUUGUCAGCAAAUGCAUGAUUACCCAAUCUUGCAAGUGUGAUAUGAAGAACUGCACUUGUUGCAAAGAUUGUUUUAACUGCCUCAGCUAUCUCUUCAGCGAAUGCUGCUCUUGCGUCGAUAUCUGUCCAAAGCCAAACUCUUCAAUCUCUGUUACGAGUCAUGUGGAAGAUCUCUCGGAGUCAUUCCCGUCUCUGUUCCAGUCACUAGUGUCAGAGCCAGAUUCUCAGCAAAGAUGGCUCACAUUCACCUUCCCCGUAGACUUUGACGUUUCUUUCUUCAGGCCAAAUUUUGGAAAGGAUGUCAAGUAUGAAACACAAAACUCAGAGCAAGAAGUGUACCCAUCAAAAGAGAUUAUAACUUUAAACUGCUCCGUAGCAUACAUGUCUCAAUGUAUGUCUUGGAACAAGUGUAAGGCAUCGUGUCAAUCGAUGGGAGCAGCAAGCUAUCGAUGGUUUCACGACGGCUGUUGCGAAUGUGUGGGCGAAAAAUGCCUGAAUUAUGGUAUUAAUGAGAGCAGGUGUCUUCAGUGUCCCCUACCAACUGACACAACGGGAGAACUGGACUAUGGAGAAGAGACAGACCUUUAAUUCAGAGUCAAAACAUUUUUCGAUAAAAAGAUGACCUGAACAUAACGUUGCUUUGGUGCUCUUACCCAUCAAAAUUUCUGAGGAUUCUCAGUCCGACUGAUAAUGAAAAGUAUAAAUUCCUCUCCUUUUAAAGUUAAAAACUUUUUACAAAAGAUUGACACAUGUGCCAACUACAAUCCAUUUCAAAUGUUUGGAUAUUGACCUCUACUUUCUCCUGACUCAAGCUAGUGCCUGAAGACUCAGACGCAGUGCACAUUUUUUUACCAAAGAUUUCUACAAAUGUUAAAAGCAUAUUUGAAUCCUUUGACACAGAAGACAGGGUUUCAUGAGUCAAACCAAUUAAAUAUGAGAUAAGUGAAUCAAUGGAUUAAAGUGGUUCCUGUCCUUAAACAAAGUUUUUGCAGUACAAGUCCUCCUAUCAAACCUAAGAAUACUCCAUCUAUUUAUCUGUGUUCAAUGGAGAUUUUUAAUAUAUGAAGGAAAUCUGCAGUAUAAAAAUGCACAAGUGAGAGUGUAAAAUGCCUUCGUCAAAAUUUUUUUGAUCAUUAAGAAAAUUGUAUGAAAUAUAUUUGUUAAACAUUUUUAUAUGUAUCACAUGAAUUUCUUUAAAACAUUGUGUUUUAAGUGAAUUAAUUUAUCGCAGUAUCUAGUUUCCACCAAUGAAUGUCUGCACAAAAUAUGAACAUUUUGAGUUGAUGGAAUUUGUAGUUUCGAUUUACAAUUCAUGUGUGUACACUUUUUGGUAGCACAUUAAUAUGCAGCCUCAAGUCUGCUGCACAGGAGGACUUCAACUGUUUUUUUUCUCUCUGUAAACAUGUGAUAGGGGCCAUAAACGGCCUUACUUAUCUUCAUAAACCUAUUGAUCAUUUAUUAAGUCUGUAGAAAUGUACCCACAGUCUCUUGUAAAUAAUUGAGCGAGACCUUUGUAUUGUAAAUUUCAUUCCGUCCUGUUAAAAAUGUAUUUAUCAUAGAUUAAUAAACUUUUGUAUCGGAUGUAUAUGUACUUUCUGUAUUUUAAACAGCAGUGAAGUGAUGAAAAUUUUCCAAAAAUUUACGCAUAUUUAUGAGGGUCCAUAACUCCUGGAGAGGUUCUGGAAAUUUACUUCAGGACAUUUUUUGCUCCAAGUGUGAUUUAAUACUUCAAAUCUGUGCGUGGGAAUGUGUUUUUCUAUUGAAGUUUCUAGAUAAGUCAGCGUCAUAGAUUAGUUAUUCACUUUUUUAGCAAGUUCCAUUUUUCAUUUUUCUACCUGCAUAUUUAAAUGACUUUCCAGGGGAGCCAUGAUUCAAACAAUCUGUCGAGCCACUUCUGUCCAAUAGAAUCUAGUCUUUGAGGCUUUAAUAGUAUCUUUUUCUCAAAUUGAAGGUGAAUUUAACGCUUCCAGGAUAAGUACAAACUAAAUGUCGCCAAAUUAAAUCAAUCAUUGGAAUAAUUAUUUUUUGUCUAGUUGGGGAAUUUCUUUAUAAGGUUCUGAAGUAUGCAGAAUGAGGAAGUAUACAUAAUAUAGCAAUUGUAAAAUGAUACCUUUUCCCUUGUAGCACAUUGACGGAUACAAAUUAUGUACAGGAUUUUAAAAACAUAAUUCUCAAAUGUAUAGGAUAUCCACUUGUACUCAUUUUAGAAUUGUGAUGGAAAGCAAUGUUCAGUUUGCACCAAAAAUGUUCUCUUCUACAUAUGUUGUUUUGAUCUGUAAGUCUCAAUCUAAGCGUAAUUUUUGAAUAUUUUGAGUUCAUCUCUGUAUUUAUUUAGAGCCCCUCACAAAGAAAAAAACUUUCUAUGAACUUCGAAAUGGUCAGGCAAGUUUUACUUGACAAUUUCAGUUCGUUCUGACCAGUUCCUAAAUCUUGUAACAAUUUUCAUAAGCGCCUUGUAUUCUUUGAAAAUGUUUUUGGUCUAACUUACCUUUAUUUUAAGAGACGACAUCAAAAAAUACAAAAUAAGUACCUCUGUAUCCCUAGUUUUAAGUUUAAGUGCUCUCUAAUUUUAUAUUUUAACGUAGGAAAAGCUCUCGAGAUGAUGUAUUUAUUUUGUAAGUCAAUUUUUAUCUUUAUAAAUGUGCCUUAAAUGUUGCUUUAGAUUAGUUCUAAAGAGUUGUUUGAACUUCUCUUUAAUCAACUGAACCCAAUUGUGAACACUUUUAUGUGCCUUGUCGAGUUCAUUGAAGUAACUGCACCAGACAAGCACAUAGUCUGUAGCAUUUCAAUGAAACUUUUUAGGUGGUUUCAUCGUCAGUAGUCAAUAGACAUUUUUUACCUUAGCUAAAGUGAUGUGUCUUUUGAAUCUCUUUAAUUCGUAGAAACUACUUUUGAAACGCAUCCUGUGCGUUCUAAUAUACCUAAUAAUUAGUUUUUAUUUGAAAGUUUAAGUAGCAUAAAUAUAUUUUUUUUUUCUAAUUUUGAAGCAUUUUAAACAAAAUGGUCGCUAUUAAUUUACGUUACAAAGGUCCAUCUGUCGUAAAUCUCUUUUUGAAGCCUGUGUCUCCUUCAGCUGACAGUAAAACGUGCCUAGCUGAUGAUUUUACAAUGGUUUUGGAGCAAGUCAGUGCUAAUAGUCCCUGAGUAGGUAACUCAUAUUAUCCACGAACCAUCAGCAUUCGACCAAAUUCCAAUAUUUAAAAUUGAAUGAACCAGGGUAUUUUGCUGUGACAUUUGAUUGUCAAUAAACGAGCUCAUUAUCUUAGAGUGAAAUGCCCAUGACUUUUUUGUUUCAUCACUGGUAAGGUAACUGAAACAUUAAGACUUAUUCUGUACUUUGUAUUUCUAAAACGUAGAUAAAGUAUUCAGGGCCUGAUCUACAAAUUGGCCGCCCGGGGCGACAGGCAGAAGCGCUGUCCUGGAGGGGCGGGGGGAACCCCCAGGAGGGGAGGGUUCUGGGGGGCGCCUCCCCCUGGAAAAUUUUUGAAAUUUUGAUGUCCUUGAAAUGAAAUUUUAUGCUGUUCAGAUCAGUUAUUUAAGGAGAAAAAUACACCUUGGCGUGUAUUUAAUUUCAAUUCCUCAAGAGAAAAAGUAACAUAUUUUUCAAAAUUUCCGAAAUUCGGAAGAAGAAUACAAAAUAAUAGAAUUGAUAAAGCAGGUAAUCGCGUUGCGCUAAGCCACGCUGCGUAAAUCUCGUUUAACGAUCCGUGAGUCAAGUAAAGAGCCGAAAGAUAAACAUGAGAAAAAUACAGUUAAACUAAGCUGCUGAAAUAACUGCUGAGAUAAAUGAACUAUAAAAAAUAAAUAAGAAGGAAAAAAUCCCUACCUUGACUCUUACUAGUUUGAUAGAGAUGCUGUACAUUUUUUUUUUGCUGCCCUCGAAAAAAUUUAAAAAAAAAACCCUCUCGAAUUUUGGCGCCGGGGACACUAGCCCCUGUUGCCCUCCCGUAAAUCCGACCCUGAAAGUAUUUUUUUUUUUUGUCAAGGCAAGUCAUUUAUUUAAACAAAAUUGAUAACAGAAAGUAUUUAACAACAUAAUAAAUGAAGUAGAAUAAGUGUGCAAGUAAAGUAAUUAAUUAGGAGAUGACUUCCCGAGACAUGCCGGAAUUACCAGAAGGUAUGUAUAUCUUUGGCUGGAGAAGGGGGUAGGGGGCUGGAAUGUUGAGGGUUUCGGUAUUGGAGAGAUUUGAUUAAAAUGAUUUCUUUUAUAUAUUUUUGUAUUAUAAUCCGGUGUAAUUUAUUAGCCAAGAAGGUUUUUUGAAAAUUGUUGGGAGUUAAUGUAGUACCAAGUUCAGUAUCAAGUACUAGUUUUUUUGCAAAGGAACGGGAACAAAAGAAAAAGGUAUGUUCCGGCAUGUUCUCGGUCUGUCACGCGAAAUUGGCACGUAUUAGAAUUUGUCAAGCCCCUGAAAGUAUUUGGAAAGCAAAUUUUAGGAUGUUAGAUUUGACUAAGGAGCUAAACUUUUUGGAGUCAUUUUGGUUUUAUUAGAGUGUCAUUUUUGCCACAGGUUACUUCAUAAAUUGUGAGCAGCGCACUUUUUCAGUGUUGUACACAUAAUAUCACCUUACUUAUAAAACAGACCAUAGUACUUUAACCCCCCUUCUUCUCAAGCAAAGUAAUAUCUCAAAGUAGAACCAUCUGAAUUGCGAAAGUUUUACAUCUUACACUUAGACAUAAAGCCUUCAUUUUUGAAUCCCGAAGUUUGUUCAGGAAUGUUUUAGUAUUUGUGUCAUCUGAAGUUCAUUUCUUUGACUCAUGCCUGUCGCAAUGAAAUUGGUACUCCUUAUUUUCAAACCUCUGAUCUUUGCCCUUUAUAAUAGAUACUAGGCCAAUAGGCAAAAGAUACUAUUUUGUUUUGAAAAAAAGUUGAGUAAAUGAUUUUUCAAUUCUAAAAUCUGGGUUCUCUUCUUCAAGUGAACAGUAUCAAAAUUCAGAAACUUGAUCUGUAAAGGCUGAUUUUGCAUGAAAAUUUAAAAUUACAGGAGGAACCGAUACUAUUGCUGUCACUCCUCUUUUAUGAGAUUAUACCCAAUUUUGCAUAGAAAGCUUGUAUAAGUUGCAAUUUAGAUAUCUCAUACUCUAAUACGGUAGGUACCUAAGAAGCACCAUGCAAGAAUGUACCAGUUUAUGAUUUGAGGCUCCCUUGUGAUGUUUAUCCGGUAUUUUUAUGUAAAAAAAAAAAAAAAAAAAAAAAAAAAAAAAAAAAAAAAAAAAAACCCCAAGCACUCAAAUGUCAGUUGAUUUUAUUUUUCCUGUCUUAUCUUGGUUUAUUUAUCCGACUGGAAAGAGGCAUGAACAAACCUAAACCAAUACCUAAUACCUAAUGGAUAGAAAUAAGAUAUCUGAAUUACUUUGCUCCCUUUGCUUUUCUCUUUGCUCAAAUACACAUGAGACUUUAGACCUAAAGCGUCCCAAAAUCGAUUGAUGAAGGUUGGUUUUUUCCAGGUAAAAAUAUCCAUAAAACACUCAAAAUCACGUCCUGCUCCAGUCAUCAAUUAAUUACCAGUAAAGGCAAUGGAUCCAGGUCUGAAGAAGUUUAUCAUCGACUAAUAUUUUUAUCUUAACAUAAACAUUGUAUACUUGAUGAGAUACUUUUUUUUUGUUCAUUUUCAUAAUAUUUUGUACGAAUUUGAUAUCAACUCAGUCAAUAAAAGAUCAAUAUUUUAA